AUGGCUACUCUUCAUAUUUUAACAUUACUUGUUUUAGCAGUUAUCUAUUCAACAGUUACUGCUCAAAAUAAACCUUGUGGAGCAUGUGAUCAAUCUAAAUGUCCAAUGACCUCGGAUAAAGAGUGUCUUGCUGGAUUGACACUCGAUAGAUGUGGUUGUUGUCAAGUUUGUGCUCAACGUGAAAGUGAAUUAUGCAGUCAUCCUGAUGUUCCAUCAAGCAAACAAUAUGAAGCAUGUGGUGAAAAUCUUCAAUGCAAAAUUCGUAAGGAUAAUCGUGGAGUACCACAUGAAGCACGAUGUGAAUGUAAUGAUCAAGUAGAAAUGUGUGGUUCUGAUGGAAAAACCUAUCGUAAUUAUUGUCAUUUAAUGGAAUCAAGUAAACUCGCCAAGGCUGAACAAAAACCAGUUAUUAAAGUAUUCAAACGUAAACCAUGUGACUCAGCACCAGAAAUCACUUUACCACCUGUAAGCGUAUCAAAUAAAACAGGUAGCAAUGUAUUUUUAACCUGUGAAGUUGCUGGUGUACCAUUACCAGUUGUUGAAUGGGUUUAUAAAUCAUCAACAGGAAAACAAAUUGUUUAUCCAACUGAUGAUGAUCGUAUAUCAACAUUAGUUCGUGGUGGACCAAACGCACAUGUUUUAACAUCAUGGCUUCAAAUUCAAUCAUUACAACCAAAUGAUCAAGGUACAUAUACAUGUGUUGCCAGUAAUUCAUUAGGCAAAACUGAAAAAUCAUGUACCGUUUCCGUUGAAGUCGCUCGCGAAUUUUAA